AUGCUGACGCUGCUUGCGUUGGGCGUGGUCGUCGUCGGCGUCGUAGUCGUGAUGAUCCUGAAAAGUGCAACAAUCGGAAUUUUGAGUCUACUGUCGGACUUGCCGAACGGAGCCUUUGGAGAGGGUCUACUUUUUCGACUUGUCAGAAGCACACGCGAACAGGGCAAUCAACCGUGGCUGCAUGUGGCUUUCGCCUGUCUCUGCUUCUCUGAAAUCGAGCGAGUAAAGUUCAAGGAGUCGGAAAUUCCCAUCCUUGCCAGCCUCAACAGCUCCGUGGCGGCGGGCAAGCUCGACGGGGAGUUCCGCAGCGCAACGUCCUGUGCCAUCAUGCAGCAGGAGCAGCAGCAGCACAGGGUACAGGACGGCGACAUUGCAUCGCCCGUCUUCGAUCCUUUCCGAUCGCCGCCCCCGACGCCUUCGCCUGCACUCUCUGCCUACUCGUACUCUUCCACAUCUAGCGCCGAUGAGUUUUCGGACCAGGACCAGGAUCCGGACUUCAACGCUCUCUCGCUUGAGGAGAUUGACGAACCUCAGUAUCACCUCGCGGUCGAUACCGUUGGGUCGCAAGACCAGCCCUUCCUCGCCCAUGGUGGCCUCACCAAUGCUGACCUCGAUCCUCGACAGUCCGGCCUACCAAGCGGAGCAGCAACACCAAUAGCUUCCCAGUCAUCCGCGUCCCUUCGGUUCAGGGAGACGUCACGGACAGGUUCGUCCCCUUCACCCACCCGAUCAGGACUUUCGGCCUUCUCGUCACUGUAUCGCAGACUAUCGCCGAGGCACGCGUCAGAAGCAUCCGAUUCGUCGUCGCACGUCACCUCCACCGACCCAGAUACCACAGCCCAACGUCCCUCGCCGCCAGAUUCGGACGAAGAGCGCGCCGAACGUGGAGCUGAUGCAGACGGGUUUGAUACGCUCGAUGUCGAUGAGGAAGAUAUGCACGCUGACGGCAUUCCAGCGGCCCGCGGUUGGCGUUUGGAUGCACGUCAAGCCGACACCAAGCAGUUUCGCGCAAAGGUGUUGCAGCUCUUUUCCGACCAGCUCUGUCUUCUCGGCUGGACUCAGGAGACCGUUGAUGCUUCCCUCUGGCCGCUUGAACCCGAACAGCUUGGUCUCAAGCGAAUUAGUGGUGCAUUCACCAACGCCGUCUUCUUUGCGAGCUACCAGAUACCCGAGUCUGCGCGCAGCAACGUCCCACCACCUCCCACCGUCCUGCUCCGCGUCUAUGGCGCCAGCUCAGAGGCGCUGCUUUCUCGUCGUGCCGAACUUCUCAUCCUGCACACCUUGUCCAGCCUCUACGAGAUAGGUCCGCACAUCCUCGGCACGUUCGCCAAUGGUCGCGUCGAAGAGUUUUACGACUGCGACCCCAUCCAGAAGGAAGGAAUGCGCGAUUUUGGGGACAGGGAAGCCUACAUGCUUCCAGGUGGAAGCCUGGUCGUCAAGGGUCGUGAAGGUCGUGCGCAUUGGGUAGCGCGCCGCAUGAACGAGCUGCAUUCGGUUCCGCUCGAAGUGAUGCGCACCGUGCUGGAACAGGGCAACCUGCGCGGUCCAAGCGAGAAGGGUUUUGGAAGGGGCAUUGAGAAUCACAUCAUGGCCAGCUCGCAUCGUCCACGUCGCAGGGUCCGUCAUCGACACCAGUCCAGCGUGAUGGACAAAGCCAGCACUUCUCCCGUCUACGGUCUCGACAACCGCGGCGUGGUGCGCGCAAGUCCAGCGCCGAUGGGCCCCGACGAGGUCUCGUCAACCGAUAGCAUGGACGCGCGCCCCAGCUACGCAUUCUCGCAUCGCAAUAGUUCGGCCGUCUCGCUCGAUUCGUUGGCGACCAGCUACAACUCACAGUCCAGCUUCUUCGGGGAGAGCCCUGCCAUGACGGGCGUAACAAGCCCCUCACUUUCAGGCUCGUCCGCCACCGACACGCCCAACUCCUACUUCCCACCCGUCACCGACGGACCCAUGAGUCCGCUUGCGUUGGCGCCGCAGGGUCGAUCCAGCAACAAGCCAAAGUCGUCGCGAGGACCCUACCCCGGCGUGUGGCGACGACUCAAGAGGUGGUCGCGUGAGGCGGCCAAGGUGAUCGAGCUCGUCGAUAGGUUCGCCAAGACCGAAAGCGGUGCCAAGGCCAUCGCUAUAUGCUUCUCGGGCCAUCCCUCGAUCCGUCAAGAGAUGCAGGCUGGUCCCGACGCCCUGUCCACCGCCACGAUUGGCCCCUCUCCAGGCAACCUGCGCAACACGCUGCGCGCCAUUCGCGCCAUCGACCUCGUCUCGCUGAUCCACCAAAUCGAGGAGUACAAACGAUUCGUGAGGAGGUGGGAGCGACGCGAAGGACCCUCGCGCCGAGUUUUUGCCCAUAACGACGCCCAGUACGGCAAUCUGCUCGCCAUCAAGCAUACGAAUGCUACCUUCGCAUCCCUCGCCCCCGCGCAAACGGAGCAAAGGAUGCGAGACGCCAGGUCUCCCUCUGUCGAAGUGCCUUCUAUCCCCGCCGGAAUGCCGCGGCUAGCAUCGCACGACAGCAGACGCGACAGCGCUGCGUCUGUCGCCGAUCCUCAGAGUCCUAUCGCCAUGAGGUCCAAGAGCCGUAGCCGCAUCAACUUCAAGAAGCCGCCACCGCUCCAUCAUCGGAUCGUCGUCAUUGACUUCGAGUACGCCAGCCCGAACCCGCGCGGUUACGACAUUGCCAACCACUUUCAGGAGUGGCGCGCCGACUACCAUCAUGCCACGCUCUCGUGGUCGCUCACGCACCACGGCGCGUAUCCGGAUGAGCAGCAACGUCGAAAAUGGCUGCGUGCUUACGUCGAGCAGGGCCGACUGCUCCGAAUGGGCGGUCGCGCGACCAAAGGCGGACCAGGUGCGUCAGCUCCACCGGCAGCCGGCGAUGUCCCCGGCGACAUUGCACUGCCGCCUGCUGUCGCCUCGCUACAGUAUCCUCCUUCGGACACCGCGAUCAAGGGGCCCAUCACCGCAGAAAGGCCGAGCGCGCCGGUUACGCCAGGCACUGGUGCUGCACAAAUGGCGGCUCUCGAAAAGUCGUCCGGAGAACGCAAUCGCCCAGCGUUGUCGCAGAACAGCUCCAACGCAUCUGCCUCAAUCAGAAGGGGCUCCACUUCUGGCCCAUCGUCCCACGGCGUGGAGAAACAGUUGACCAAGAGUCUUGCGAGGAGAGGCAGCACCGAGUCGAUCUCUUCGUCAUCAUGGCAGGCACCGUCGUCGGGCCCACUUCGAGCUGUCAAUCCGUCCGCUCCGAGCACCCCGGCCAGCUGCCUCGGGGCUGCCUCGCCGUUCUUGGAGGGCUCUGCAUCGCCUCAAGUGCUAGCUUUGGCGUCCCUGGAUGCAAGUAUCGAGAAGGAGGUCGACCGACUCGAGCGUGAAGUUCAUCUGUGGAGUUCCGCCACGCAUGCCGUGUGGGGUUUGUGGGGAAUCGUGUUUGCAAAGGAGGAACUCGAAUCGGUGCUAUCCAGAGCCACAGCGGAGGCGGACGGCCAGCGAGUCGGCGAGACAGUCUUGUCCGAAAAAAGCACACAACUGGUCGCUUCAGCAGGUUGUGCCGAGACCUUUGAUAAUUUGCGGUACGCUCUCGGUCGCAUCGAGCUCUUCCGACAGGAAUUUGAGCAGCUCAAGCAGCUCGGCAUCGAUGGCAUCUGA